GUCACGAAUCACACUAGUCACAACUUGGUCCACCUUUGUGCGUACUUAUGGAUACAAACAUUGAUGUACUUGUGUCACUCCUUAUCUGAUUCGGUGAACUGCCCUAUUGGCGGAUCAUAGAACGUAUGGCGCUCCUGGAGGCUACGGCUGGGGAGACUGGAACCUCUGCUCAUGCGGGCCACGCCGCUGAAGAAGCUGUUGCAUCCCAUGGCGUGAAUCAAGAGUUUCCUUCUCAAGAGACUGCAUACCAACCGUGCGGGAAACCCACCGUCAGGCGCUCACCGUUCGGAGGCAUCGCGAGGCAUACACUAGGCGUGCUCCUCCUACUGAUUGUCGUAUUUUUAUGGACCACAUCGAAUUUCCUUGCCAGUACGAUCUUCGCGGAUAAUACCUAUUCCAAGCCCUUCUUCGUGACGUAUCUCAACACUGCAGUGUUCACCUUACCACUUAUCCCAUAUGCAUUACGCAGAGGUUUCCAGUGGUGGAAAGAAACGAGGGCAAACGCGGAUGUCUCACACCAAGCAGAGGAUGGACCAUUAGAAGAAGAAUCGCAUCCAUUUCUGAGCUCGGAGAAUGAGCCCGGUAUUAGACACGAUGCUCCUGGCAAUCCAUCAGCGUCUGCAGAUGGGCUACCUCGGUGUAGCAAGGAAGUUCGCGAAAAAUUGGAUUUCCGGGCGACUGCGCGAUUAAGUCUCCAAUUCUGCCUCUUAUGGUUUGCAGCGAACUAUUUCGCGUACGCAUGCCUGCAGUAUACCACGGUUGGGAGCACAACGAUUUUAACAUCGACAAGUGGGGUAUGGACUCUGAUUUUCGGGGCAACACUCGGUGUAGAGAAGUUUACAGCGCGUAAACUUUUCGGCGUCAUUGCCUCUCUGACGGGAAUUAUUAUUAUCUCUAGGGUUGAUUUAUCUGGAUCCAACGAUGAAAAUCGUGGCUCUUUUCCCUACAAGUCCCCAGCUGAGAUAGCUAUCGGUGAUGCAAUGGCUGCGUUUAGUGCCAUAUUAUAUGGUGUUUACAUUAUAGUGAUGAAGAAGCGGGUAGGCGAUGAAAGCCGGGUGAGCAUGGCCCUGUUUUUCGGGUUGGUUGGCCUUUGGAAUACUUUUAUUAUGUGGCCCGGGUUUUUUAUCUUGCACUUUACGGGACUAGAACCGUUUGCAUGGCCUGACUCACACUUAACAUGGACGAUAAUCCGGACUAAUGCGAUUGUAUCGCUGGCUUCGGAUAUCUGCUGGGCCUAUGCUAUGCUUCUCACUACGCCAUUGGUUGUGACAGUAGGACUCAGCAUGACAAUCCCUUUGUCCCUUAUUGCCCAGAUUUUCAUCCAUGGCCAAUAUUCGACCGUGCUUUAUUGGAUAGGCGCAGCGAUCGUCUUUCUGUCUUUCAUUUUUGUAAACCAUGAGAGCAAGACUGAAGCAGAGUGAAUUGAAGUAUGAAGGGCUGGGCGAUACAAUCAUUUUGCAUGCUGUUUAACCUAGAGAUACCCUUAUAUAUACAUCGGUGGAGCAAAAUCCCACUAGAAAGUACAUGGACGAUCUGGCGGUCGAAUAUCAUAUAUUUCGGAUUCUUAGAGUAAAGCUUCGGGAUGG